AACCAGAAACAGACACCAUGGUGCACCUGACUGAUGCUGAGAAGGCUGCGGUUUCCGGCCUGUGGGGAAAGGUGAACGCAGAUGAAGUUGGCGGUGAAGCCCUGGGCAGGCUGCUGGUUGUCUACCCUUGGACUCAGAGGUACUUUCCUAACUUUGGGGACCUAUCCACUGCCUCUGCUAUCAUGGGUAAUCCCAAGGUGAAGGCUCAUGGCAAGAAGGUGAUUCACGCCUUCGAUGAUGGCCUGAAACAUCUGGACAACCUCAAGGGCACCUUUGCCAGCCUCAGUGAGCUCCAUUGUGACAAGCUGCAUGUGGAUCCUGAGAACUUCAGGCUCCUGGGCAAUACGAUUGUGAUUGUGCUGAGCAAACACCUGGGCAAGGAUUUCACCCCUGCUGGACAGGCUGCCUUCCAGAAGGUGGUGGCUGGAGUGGCCACUGCCCUGGGUCACAAGUACCACUAAGUCCCCUUUUCUGCUCUUGUCUGUGUCCAAUGGUCAAUUGUUCCCAACAGAGCAUCUGCCAGUUGUUGGCAAAAUCAUCAAGACCUUUGAAAACUUGUCUUCUGAAUAAUAAAAAGCAUUUGCUUUCACUGCAA